CCCAAGAUGUCUUCCAAUAACAAUAUCCAGAAAACUCCAGAGGUGCGGCGUCUGGACAAGCGUUUUAAGAAGUUGGACCUGGACGACUCGGGGGAGCUGAGUGUGGACGAGUUCAUGUCGUUACCUGAGCUCCAGCAGAACCCGCUGGUCCAGAGAGUCAUCGACAUCUUCGACAAGGACGGCAACGGAGAGGUCGACUUCAACGAGUUCAUCGAGGGCGUGCUGCAGUUCAGCGUCAGAGGCACCAAGGAGCAGAGGCUGCGCUUCGCGUUCCGGAUCUACGACAUGGACAACGACGGUUUCAUCUCGAACGGCGAGCUUUUCCAGGUUCUGAAGACGAUGGUAGGGACCAAUGUAGAGGAUGUGCAGCUGCAGCAGAUCGUGGACAAAACAAUUGUGAGCGCCGACACAGACGGAGAUGGCCGUGUGUCCUACCAGGAGUUCUGCGCCGUGGUCGGAGGCCUGGACUUCCACAAAAACAUGAUCGUGGAUGUGUGA